CCUUCAGUCAGAGCGACUGAUGUAGUUAUUGUCACAGGGAAGAUUGUGUAUUUUACAAAACAUUAUAGUAUUUACAGAAUUUUGCGUUGCCAGCCUCUUUAGACAUUCCGCUCUGUGAAUACGGUGGAAAUUUUCAGCUCAGAAAUGGAAGCUAACAGGAAAUAAAGCUCCAGAACGAAGAGAUAUCACAGUUUGGUGUUUUGGUCGUGAUGGCUUCAGAGGAUGAAGUCAACCUGCUGGUCAUCGUCGUGGAUGUAAACCCGAUAUGGUGGGGGCAACAGGCUCAACGUGAACCGCAGUUCACCCUGUCCAAGUGUCUGGAUGCAGUCAUGGUGAUGGGAAACUCCCACAUGGCCAUGACCAGAACUAACAGGCUGGCUGUCAUUGCAAGUCACUGUCAGGACAGUCACUUCUUGUAUCCCAGUAAGAGCUGGAGAACCGGUGACAGCGGUGGCGAUGACGCAUCCUCCAGUGGUGAUGGAAAAUACGAACUCCUGGCUGUCGCCAACAACCUCAUUGCUGAAGAGAUCAGGAAUGUUAUGUCACGAACUGAAGUGAGGGGAAAUUCAACUGACACUCUGUUGGCUGGAUCUCUGGCUAAAGCUCUCUGCUAUGUUAACAGGGUCUCAAAAGACUUGGAAGUGGGACAGGAGAUUAAAUCAAGAAUAUUGGUGAUAAAAGCUGCUGAGGACUGCGCCCGCCAGUACAUGAACUUCAUGAAUGUGAUUUUUGCAGCUCAAAAACAGAACAUCCUGAUUGAUGCCUGUGUGUUGGACUCAGAGUCUGGACUCCUUCAGCAGGCUUGUGAUAUAACUGGAGGAUUGUACCUGAAGAUACCACAGAGAGUUGCCCUGGCACAGUAUCUUUUGUGGGUGUUCCUGCCCGACUCGGAGCAGCGUUCACAGCUGGUGCUGCCGCCGCCUGCUCACGUGGACUACAGAGCUGCUUGUUUCUGCCACCGUAACCUCAUUGAAAUCGGUUACGUGUGCUCAGUUUGCCUGUCAAUAUUCUGCAACUUCAGCCCCAUUUGUACAACAUGCGAGACUGCCUUCAAAAUCCAACUACCACAGAUGGUUAAGCCUAAAAAGAAGAAACUCAAGCAAACCAUGUGACUUUGUUUCUACGCUACUGUUGUGACUUUAGUUUCCCCUUUGUGAUAUUCAGAGUAUACUAUUUUUUUGUGUGUAUUUCUAACUAGAUUCAGUGAGAUCCUAUGAAUGCCUCUGAGGCAGUACAACCAUAUAAACAUAUGGACCAACACUGACACUCUUUUCCUGUGCAGGGACACUGAUGAUUCACUUAAGUAUUCUCAUCAUAUCAAAUUUUGGUCAGUCAGUAAUAGUUGCUGAAAAAUGUUAAACAUUUUGUUCACAUUGAUAGAAACGGAUGCUGAGUAAAGCUCCACCAGGUUCCAUGUAAAUGGAGUCACUGCUUUUGAUGAUGUCCUUUUUAUAUAAUAAAACUCACAAUGUUCUUAUAAA